GACAACAGGAUUGGCCGGCUGCCUCUCUGAGGGCGGAGAUUUGAAGCUGGGAGCAAAGGCAGGCUGACAUGACUCAGGUCAGGUUACCGGUGUCCGGGCUGUGAUGGAGCGCUGGCGGGGCAGAGUGGCUCUGGUGACCGGAGCCUCGGUCGGGAUUGGGGCGGCUGUAGCCGGAGAGCUGGUCCGGCUCGGUAUGAAAGUGGUGGGCUGUGCCAGGGACGUCGGGAAAAUUCAGAAACUGGCAGCAGAAUGUCAGAGCGCCGGUCACCCUGGUGUUUUGGUGCCUUUCAAGUGUGACUUGACCAAAGAGGAAGAGAUUCUGGCCAUGUUUGCAGCGAUCAAAGAGCAGCACAAAGGCGUGGACGUGUGCAUCAACAACGCUGGCUUAAAUCAUCUAGAGUCGCUGCUAAAUGGCAAAACCAGCAGCUGGAAGAACAUCAUUGAUGUGAACGUUCUUGCACUGAGCAUCUGCACACGUGAAGCUUAUCAGUCAAUGAAAGAGAGAAACGUGGAUGAUGGGCACAUCAUAAACCUAAACAGCAUCUGUGGACAUAAAGUCAUUCCAGUUGCUGAAGCACAUUUCUACACUGCCAGCAAGUAUGCUGUAACUGCUCUGACUGAGGGUUUGAGACAGGAGCUGCGUGCUGAAAAGACCCAUAUCCGAGCCACAAGCAUUUCUCCUGGUUUAGUGGCCACAGAAUUUAUAUCACGGGCCAGCAGCAACAAUCCUGAUCAAGUGGCUGGCAUAUAUGCUACACGCAAGUCUCUGGAAGCAAAAGACAUUGCCAGUGCUGUCACGUACAUCCUCAGUGCCCCUCCUCAUGUUCAGAUUGGAGAACUUCUGGUUGAACCUAUAUAGCAGGUGUCAUUGCAGCUUUUGUUGCCCCAGCAUCCCCAGGACCAGGACCCAGGCUAGUCUUCACAUUAAAGUGGUGUGAUUGACUCAUCUGACUACUCAACACAGCAAAAUCAAUUCACAUAAUAUGGAAAGAAUGGAAAUUUAUCCAAGUGUUAGCUGCAUUCUUCUUAAAAAUGCUGGAACAUGAUAUAUUUCCUCUGUCGCACUGUGACCUACCUCAUAUGACACUCUGUGAGGAUGUUACCAUCACUCUGUGUUUUUCAGUGUCUUUGAGAAGUUGCAUGAUGUGACCCUCUUGUCAGAAUCAUCCGAAUUAGAAACUUGAAGCUGAAACUCAUCAAAAUGAAGAAGUGCUGAAAUAAAUAAAUAAAUGAGAAUAAAU